UUCAGAAGCCCACCCUCCACCCCUGACACCAUGACCCACUCCUGCUGCUCCCCUUGCUGCCAGCCUACCUGCUGCAGGACCACCUGCUGCCAGCCCACUUGCAGUGGGUCCAGCUGCUGCCAGCCUUGCUGCCCCCCAACGCGGUGUCAAACCACCUGCUGCAGGACCACCUGCUCCCAGCCAACUUGUGUGACCAGUUGCUGCCGCCCUUCCUGCUGCAGCUCUCCCUGCUGCCAGCCCACCUGCUCUGAGUCCAGCUGCUGUGGACAAAUUAGCAGAGAGUCUAGCUACUGCCAGCCUUGCUUCUCCCCAUCUCGCUGUCAAACCACCCGCUGCCAGCCAGCUUGCUCUGGACCCGUGUACUGCCGGAGAACCUGCCACCACCCCACCUGCAUCUGCUUGCCUGAGUGCCAAGCCCAGAGCUGCGGAUCCAGCUGCUGCCAGUUUUGCUGCCGCCCUGUAGCUCCUGCUGUGUGUCCAGUUGCUUCCAGCCUUCCUGCGGCUGAUCCACUUGCUGCAGACCCACCACCCGCCAGAGACAUAUUUCCUAGACCAUUUUGCCAAAGUUACUGUUCCCGCAAGAAACUUGCUCCCUAAGCUUUGCUGAGAAAU